AUGCAAAAAAACUUCUCAGGACAACUUAAAGGAAAAUUAAACCUUGAUGACUUAAAGAAAAGAUUAGCACAAUUAGAGAAUAUCACAAAAGAGCUCAACGAGAAAUUUAGCCAGCUUCCUACUGCGGAGGAAUUCAGCACAUUUGUAACAUGGCCAGCGUUAGAAGACGCACUGAAGGGAAUACGGGAGGAUUUGACCCCGGCUGAGAGAACUGUCAUUGAAAUGUCUAGUCAAACGGAACCAACUGGCAGUGUAUCAAACAAAGUAAAAAGUUACGACCAAGUGCCCUCAAGACCAGGGUCAUCUAGACCAGUGUCGAGGAUGAGCACACCCGGACCCUCGGAACAACUGCUGGAAAUCCUCGAGAGACUCGGCAAACUGGACAGUGAUCAUAUGACCUUGAAGAAGAGAGUCGAUGACAUUGAGGAAGAAUUGAAGAACAAAUUAGACAAGUCUGCACUAGAAGGUCUUGGUGUUCCAGCUGAGCUCUUAGAACAGAUUGGAAAACUGAAGGAAGAUCUGGACUCAUUGGCUGCCAUGAGAGAAAAGUCUUCUGAUACAGACAAAAAGAAACCUAACCCAAUAUUAGUCUUUGGUUCAGUUGUUAAAAUGUUAUCAAAGGUGUGCACUACGAAGAGUAGCCAUCAACCAGACUCAUCUACAGAAACAGAAGCAACAGAAGCAACAGAAACCAAUACAGUAUCUGCUGAGGAUGAGCUUGUAGCAGUAUUAAGCGCCUCGGCUGUAUCUAAUGCUGCCUUAGAAGCUCUGCAAGAAAGAGUUAUUGCUUUGGAGGAACAAUUUAAAUCAUUCAAGGAGAAUUUAAUGGAUGACACUGCUUAUCAGACUGAUGUUUCAGACCUUAAUGGUUGGUUGGCACGAAUGGAGAGCAAGAUUGCUACUAACAAUGAUGACAUUGCUACAACACAAGAAAGUGAUGUAGACAGUGGUAAAGGCAGAUCUGAAAAGCCUGAAGAAACCACAACCAAAAAAGAAACUAAAGUUAUCGAGAAACCAAAGAAGGCUAAAGAGGAUGCUGUGAUUGAAAGGUUAGAAGAAGAAGCAGGUUUCUCUAGAGAAAUGGAUGAAAUUCUGUGUGAUGGGCCAGUAGUAGAAGUGUCUUCUCAGGUGAUUUUGUCUGCUCCAGAGCUACAAGCAACCAAUGAGAAACUAAAGAAUCUUGGUUACACAUUAAAUGAGCAGCUUCAUGCAUUAAGGGACAAGGUAUUCCUGGUGGAUCAUGAACUGAAGAGGAUGGCUAAAGGAGUUGAAUUUGCCCUUAUGAGGUCUAAGGCAGCUGGUAAUAGUGACAUGGAUAGCGAUGCGUUGACUAGAGCACAGCAGGCUAUCUUGCAGCUACAAGCCGAGGUAGAGAAACUACAUCAUACAACAUCUGAUAUUAUAGACGAGAAUAAACAGAGAACCAUACAAAUACAGGAUCUAUUGAAAUACUGUGAUAAAUUACAAGAAGAGAAGGCCGACAAAGACUAUGUACAGAUGGAGGUAGAUGUGAAAGCAGACAAGAAGUCUCUUGAGGCAAAGGUGAACACAAAACUGUUUGACAAGACAACAGAAGAAAUAAACAAUAUGAUCAAGGAGAUAUUAGACAAACUAACAGGACAUGAUGCAGACUGGAAAACGGCUUAUAGUAAGCUAACUGAAGAUAUUGAUGGCAAACUGGAUCGGUUAGAGCUUGACCCACUGAAAGAAUGGUUAGAGGCAAGACUGAAGGCACUCAAUGAUAAACUCAAGAAAUACCAGAGUAACCAAGAGUAUUCUGAAGAUGAUGCUGCAGGAAUUAGAAAACAAUUGAUCCAGAGGUUCCACUGUAUAUCAUGUGAUAGGCCAGUAGACAUGCUUCCAACUGGUCCAGUACCUUCGCUGCCUGCUCAGAUGGGUUUGAACCCCACAAAGUCACCAAGACCUUACACCACUUUCGAGCUUGACCAGAUCAGGCAACAUGGAAAAAGUUACUAUGCGGGUAAGAGUAUGAUGAACUUUGAACGUGCUCUUGCUGAGAGACAGCUGGCCUCAUUGAAAAAAUCUGAUCUUAGAGCUUUUCUUGUUCACUUUAAACAAGAUUUAACAUCCAUUGCACAGUAUUCACAGAAUUUAACCAACCCUGAGAUAGCAGACUACUAUGCAACUCCAAGACCCUGUGGUGGAAGUCAUACAAUGACUUAUCCUCACAAGAGGAAUACCAAGCUCACACACCUUAGCCACCUGUUUCGAGAAGAUGAAGCUAUCAUCAUACCAGCAACAAAAGAGGAGAUAGAUAUACAAGGAGCAGACGGGCACAUUUACCGUGGACGUCAGGAUCACAGACCUACACAGAAGCUGGAGGCUCGUUUUCCCACUCAUCUAGGACAAAAUAAUAACAAUAUGGGAAUGAAUGUGAGGCCAACAAGCCCCCAUCCUCCCCAGUACAAGCCCAAGAAUCAGCAGUCUCCAUUGAUUACACAGCAACGAGCACGCCCAGUUUCUGCUAGGACACCACCAUCACCACGACCUUCAUCCGCAGGUCAAGGCCAACAACAGGGGUCAAGGCCAGUGUCUGCUAAAGUUGCAAGAAUACCAAAUCAGAAUCAGGCUCCAGAAGUAUAUGUUGAGGAAGCUCAGAGACAAAUGCAACAGGAUGUUGAGGACCCAAUACAGGAACAAAGCAUUCAGCUAGAAAUGUCGUCUGCUGAUCCUGUUACAAAUUAAAAGAUUUGCUUUCUUGGCAUAGCAAUGACUCAGCAAUAUAGAAUUUACAAAAAAUAGUUUCAAUGUGUUUAUAGAAGUUAUUAUUUUCUAUUGAGUGCUUUCUUGAAAUUUAUAUUAAAAAAAAUCUCUGUAGAAUUUUUACAAUUGUAUAAAAUGCGUCAAAAGUAUUUUGCUUCAUAGAAGUAUUGGACUAGCUCAGUUUAUGAGAAAUGCAUUGGAUGUUUAAUUUAUUUAUAUAAGGCUUGUUAAAUAGGAUAUUUACAAUUGUACCUCCAGUAUUAUUUAUGUGCCUUGUGAUAAACCUUUUUUUAGGAUAUUUGUCUUUAAAAUUUCUUUCUGUACAUCUUUGUUAUGUUACUCUUCUUUUGUUAAUAAAACCUUUGUUGAACCACAUCAAUUGUUGUUGAAGGACAUUGUCUGUGAUUUGUUGAGUUAUUGCACCUUUCAGUCAGUCUACAGUCAUUCUUUGCUUAACUAUGUGUUCUUUGCUGAGUAUUGCACUGUUUUUUAUUGUUGCUUAAAAUGUAUUAGCUACUGUAUUAAUGAUGUAUUAAAAUAUUCCAUUCUUUUUUCUUUUUCCAAAUUUUCAAUUAUAAAUAUAUACUUAGAUAUUCAUAAAACAAUAUUUUUAUUUUAUUUUUCAGACAAAGUUAGGCAAAUGCAUGUGAAUAUGUAGAGAUAAUUAAUUAUAUUUAUUUAAACAACAGUUUAGUUCAAUGAAUAAUGUAAAAUGAAUUACAUUGUAUUAUCAGCUUUAUGUACCAGAUUAUAUAUAACUUGAAUUCAACAUAAAUAUAUCCUACAUAAAUUAUAUGGGUAUUAAAUAAUAAAGUAAAUAAAAAUUUGAUGUACCAAUGGAUUUUUUAUGAUGAAAAUGUAUACCCUGUCUAAAUCAAUAUAACUAUAGAAUACAUGGUCUAAUUUCAUUCAUGUUUUAUUUUUCCUUAUCAUAUUUACUAAUGUAUUUACAAGUACUCAAAAUUUUUAUAUACUUAAAAUUUAAUGUUGCUGCCUUGUAUGGGUUAUGUUACUGUCAGAAUAUUCAAUGCUGUCUUGGAGCUAAAUUUAUUAUAGUUAUGUUAUAUAUUUAUGUUUUCCUUGUAGAUUUAUUUCCCAUUACUUUGUAAUCUUCAUUUUUUUUCCCAAAUGUUUAUAUAUACUCGUCCUUGUGCAACAUUUAACAUCAGCUCAAGGUACUAUUGUGUGAACACGUUAUGUAACUUUAAUUCAGAUUGAUUGAUGUAUUUCUAUACACAUAAACACUUUAUAUAAAAAAAUCUUUACUCAAGCUAUUAUCAAAACAGAAAAAACAGAAUCCAUAAAGAACAUCCUGAACGUCCUUAUAAAAAACUUGCUUAUAAAUCUUGAAGUCUACCAUCCCUGAAAAUAGUAAACAUAAUUGUAUGUUCAUAGAAUGGUGUCAUGACUGUCUUUCAUUCAAGUGCAAUCUUCUUUAUCCUUGUGUCUUGUCUAUUGUAAGGUACUGUAAAACAAACAGAAAGUGAGUCGUAUUAUGAUCAAUCUUCCGUCUCUUACAAAUGUCACAACUCAUCACCUUAGUGCAAUGUCUGGGUAACUCCUAUUAAAUUAGGAAGGACUUUACCCAUUGCUGCACUAAGGUGAGGAACUGUUGGUUUGAAUUGAUCCAGGAAUAAUUAAUUCUUUUAUUCCCAUGUCCGUAAUUGAGCUUUAAGAUUUUACGAAAGGGACUUUUCAAAGUGACCAUUUUCAUGUGAAUUAUUCACAAAUUCUUACGUUUUUUGACAGUGUUGAUGCGUCUUCAAAUUUCAAAGUAAAAAUGAAAUAGAUAAGCUGUAUAAAAUGACUUAACCUUCUUAUUUAAGUUAUAUUUUCGUCAUUGCUAUUAAUAAAAGGUGUGAUGCAGUUUAUUGAAGGUUUUGUCCAUUUAAAAUAAUAUGAAUAAUAUGUUCAAAUUUAAUAGUGUUGAAUGAGGUCUUUAAAUAAAUGUUAAUUUCUGUGAUUCUUUUGCUUAAAUGAAUGUAAUUAGCUCAAUACAGACAACGUUUACCUCUUUUCAUUAUGAUAAGUACUGUUAUAAUAUUAAUAUUUCACUAAACCCACUUUGCAAUGAAUGUUUAAGUAAUAGUUGUUUUUUAUGUGCCUGGACAUGUGACAUCUUUUAGUUGAUGCUUUAGAAUCAUAAGGUUAUCUCUGAAACUAAAUUAUAUCUAGUAUUUAUGACCUUGUGACCUUAUUCCUCUAAGGCAACAACUUGGUCAUCCAAGGACAUGUCAUUUUAGUACUUCUAAUGAAACUUUCUUUUUUAUUCCGUUAUGUUAAUUGUUAAAAUGUUUGCUUUCUGCCAUGUUUAGUAUUUGCCUUACAGCGUGCUUCCGUCCCUUGUUAUCUAUAUACAAUAUUGUUUUAUAAUUGCACACUUUUAAUAGUUGUAUAUUUCAUUAUGGAUUAUAAACUUUGCUCUAAGCUAGUUUGACAUAAUAUGAUUAACAAUUUAUUUUGGUAGUUAAUUAAAAUGCUAGAACAAAUGAACAAUGCCUGGCUUUCUACAACACAAUAGCAUUUUAGGCUUGUAUUGUUUGGUUUUAUUAACCUGUCAAUUACAUACUGAUUACACGGUCGAUGCACACAGUAUAUUAAUCUUCGGUAGAUGUUCGGUAAGUUCCGUGAGAUGUACGCUGUACGAUGGAAUUUAAUUUAAUUUGUAUCUUUAAACUUAGUGUAUUCAGCGUUAUAGCGCAAUAGGGUAAAUCACGAGUUUAUAAUCUGAGUCCCACACGUCUUUUAAGUUCGAGGCCGCGUUGGUCCAUGUUUUUUUCUUAUUAAUACUUUCAACAUUAUUGAAUCUAUAUAUGAUUAUUUUAUGUUGUUCGUUUUUUAUUAUGUACUUAAUUUUGUUAUGUAUAUACUCUUUUUAAAUAACAUGUUUUUUAAGAAUUCAUGUUUAAAAUGAAAACGGAUUAAAAUCAAUAAAUGUCUUUUCAAUGCCGUAAAACACACUACAAAUCUGUUCCAUUAAAAUAUACUGCAAAAAUAAAGAAAGUGUACUAAAACAAUGGCAACAGUCAGGGUCGAACCACAGACCUCUCAAUUAUCAGGCAUUCUCUUUACCGACUGUCCUAUUGUGAAUUAACGAAAACCUUCACAUUAAGCUGGCGUGACUUUCAAUCCAUGACAAAUAUACUCCGCAUUAAUUCUCGUAAACUACACGGACCAAACCGAAGUGGGAUCGAAUAUUUAAAUAAGUCCUAUGAUGUAUUCAUAAUUGACAGGUCAAUAAAAUCAGACUAUAACUAACUUGCUAUGAUACAACUUCUUAUUACAACUCUCUUAUAUCAAACCUAUUUUUGUGUGUACUUGCUUCAUUUAGAUUAAAACAUUUUGCUUAAUUGUUAUAUUUCUUAAAUUUGUAUGGUAGUCUUUUUAUUCCAUUUUAACGAAACAAAUAUUAUAAUAUGUAUAUAAAUGUUACAUUAAAAUAUCUGUGAUAUUCAAAAAAAUUGCUUUUUAUAAGUUAAGUUUCUCAUUUGUUAAGUGAAAAUAUUACACUAGUGUGCUUGUUUAUUACACAUUUGCUGUUUUAAGUGAAGAUCAGUGAGAGGGCCAAAACAAUUUUCAACAUUUUUUACCAAAUGUCUACAAAAUAACCACUGAGGAAAAGCUCAAAGGGUGGUCUGUAAAGUAAUUUAAAGGGUAAAGCUAGAAAUUGUAUGCAUUGUUGAAAUAACAUGUGUAAUUUUAAAGCAAUGUUUGAUUUUGUCAGAUAUUGUAUAUUUUUUCUUCAAUUUUGUGAUGAAAAAAGAAAUUAUUUCUGAGUCCUUUUAAAAUUCGUGAAUGUUAAUUUAAUGACACAUUGAGUGUCAUCUUAUGCUAUUCCAAAAACGCUUUUUGUCUCAAAUAUGAAAUUGUUUUAUUCAUGAAUGUUAAUUUAAUGUUGCAUCGAAUUGAUUCAAAAACAAAACUUUUUGGCUCAAUUAAAAAAUGUCUGCAAAGAAAAAUAUUAUCAUAAAAAAUGUCAUUGUCUCAAAUAACAGUUAUAUUUGCUCUGAUGAAACAUGGCCACAUAUAAAAUCUAAUCAAUCUUUUCAAGCCCUGGCUUUUUUAUAAGAAAAUAAUUCAUUUUUACAUAAACAACAUUAAUUGUAUUGAUUAUAUUUAACAUUUAAUAACAUUUGAAUGUGUAUCAUCCUGUGAUAAUUUUAAUGGCUGUCAGGUGAUGGAAUGCAUAAGUUAUUUUUUAAUCAUAUAUUCAUUAUAUGAAAAUAUGUCAAUAUUUAAGGUUUACGUUAGAUUUUAGAUUGAACACAAAUUUACAAUAUGCAUGUCAUAGUUUCCGUCCAACUGUCACCUGUGUACACCCUCUGUUUUGUAUAAUAAAACUUAUAGAUAAG